AUGCUGAACCUUAGUAAUUUUCUGACGAAACGAUAUACAACUCUCUUUUUUCUUUCUUGCUUAAUGCUCAUAAACACUGUGAAUGCUUUUGUCGAUAAACUGAAGCCAACUUUCUCACAAGAAGAAAAUCACUUCUCUCUGUUUUCGAUAUGUGUUACCUGUAGGAAGAAAAUCACUUCUCUCUGUUUUCGAUAUGUGUUACCUGUAGGAAGAAAAUCACUUCUCUCUUUUUCGAUAUGUGUUACCUGUAGGAAGAAAAUCACUUCUCUCUGUUUUCGAUAUGUGUUACCUGUAGGAAGAAAAUCACUUCUCUCUGUUUUCGAUAUGUGUUACCUGUGGGAAGAAAAUCACUUCUCUCUGUUUUCGAUAUGUGUUACCUGUAGGAAGAAAAUCACUUCUCUCUGUUUUCGAUAUGUGUUACCUGUAGGAAGAAAAUCACUUCUCUCUGUUUUCGAUAUGUGUUACCUCCCGACAUCUAUCUAUCUAUCUAUCUAUCUAUCUAUCUAUCUAUCUAUCUAUCUAUCUAUCUAUCUAUCUCUACUUUAUCUGUCAAUUUAUGCAUGCUUUUGUUUGCCUAUAUUAUAA